GUCGCAGGGCAGGAGGUGGUGUGUUGUCAUUUCUGCGUGGUGGUAGUGGGGGUUCUCGUGACCCCAGCCCCCAGCACAACCCCCAUUUUGCAUACAACAAGGGUGAGGCUGCUGUGCGCUAUGUGCCCGGCUCCGAAUGGGGGGACUCUGGGAAUAUACAAGAUGAGCCAGAUGUAACUGUGAUGUCUGAUGAUGCCACACCAUCGCCGGAGGAGAAGCCCAAAGUUGGCAGUGCUGCCACAUCCCCACACAUAGAAUUACAAUUCUCUGACUCAGCAGCCAAGUUCUACUGCAGAGUUUACUUUGCUGAUCAGUUUAGAAAACUGCGGAAGUUGAUAUUGCCAGGCAGUGAUAACUUCUUUAUCCGAUCACUGAGUCGAUGCAAGAUGUGGGAAGCCAAAGGAGGAAAAUCUGGCUCAUCGUUUAGCAAAACUGAUGAUGACCGUUUCAUUCUGAAGCAGAUGUCUAACAUGGAGGUGGAUUCUUUUGAGAAGUUUGGGCCCCAGUACUUUCAGUACAUGAAGCUGUGCAUUUCUGAACAGCAGCCCACAGCCCUAGCCAAAAUCAUGGGAGUCUAUCGCAUUGGCUUCCGUAACACACAGACCAAUCAUGCCCUCAGACAGGAUGUUCUAGUCAUGGAGAAUUUGUUCUACAGUCGCAAGAUCUCUCAGAAAUUUGACCUGAAGGGCUCUUUGAGAAACCGACUAGUGAACACAACCAGUAAACGAGCAGAGGAUGAACUGGUGCUGCUGGAUGAGAACCUGUUGAAAUGUAGCGUAGAGAGCCCACUGUACCUGAGACCACACAGCAAGCAUGUCCUAAAGUCAGCCAUCACCAGUGACUCAGCAUUUCUGUCCACAAACCUGGUCAUGGACUACUCACUGCUGGUGGGGGUGGAUGAAGACACCCAGGAGCUUGUGGUGGGAAUUAUAGAUUAUAUCCGCACAUUCACCUGGGACAAAAAGUUGGAAAUGGUUGUCAAGUCGACUGUCAGCUUAGGAGGUCAAGGCAAGAUGCCAACAGUCGUGUCUCCACAGCUGUACAGAGGCAGGUUUCUCGAGGCUAUGGACCGAUACUUUUUACAUGUGCCUGAUCAUUGGACGGGACUUGGAAAAG